AUGUUUUGUCAUGACCUCAUGGAACUUAAACGUAUAUGUUUUGUCAUGACCUCAUGGAACUUAAACGUAUAUGCUUUGUCAAACAUGAACGUUAAUGUUUACGUCAAUGGUUUCGUCAAUGGUUUCAUCGUCAAUGGUUUCGUCAAUGGUUUCAUCGUCAAUGGUUUCGUCAAUGGUUUCAUCGUCAAUGGUUUCGUCAAACUUAAACGUAUAUGCUUUGUCAAACAUGAACGUAAAUGUUUACGUCAAUGGUUUCGUCAAUGGUUUCAUCGUCAAUGGUUUCGUCAAUGGUUUCGUCGUCAAUGGUUUCGUCAAACUUAA